AAACUAGCUGAUGUUCAACAUUCAGUCUGAGAAUUGUUCUCUUCACAGCAGCACUUAUUAUUGACACAAUGGUUGAACACAGUGCAGAAGGAGAGCCCCGCCUACUGGAUGAUGUCGCCCUCUGUCUCCUCUUUGAGUCUCACUUCUCUCACUUCCUCUUCCUCCUGGUUCACAGACUGUUAGCAGCAUUUGAAUCACUGUGAGGAGGGAGGACGGAGCACUUUGCACUGUGUGCAAACACAACGUGGAAGCACAAAUGUUCUCCAUCACUGAUGCUUCUCAUGCUUAAAGUGAGACUCAGGGUCAGAUAUUUUUUUAGAUCAUUUGAGGUUUAAGCGUGACAUCCUCAGAAGGCUCCAGAACAUGUGACAUGUCAUGUUUUACAGUUGUUUUUGUCAAAGCAAAGAAAAUGUAGUUUUGCACGUUUUUACAGCACGAAUUCAAAGCAACAUAAACAUUGAGAAAUAUCAUUUUUAAGACCAGGAGCACCAAAAACAUCACAACAGAUUCAAAGUAGUUGAUCUUUCAUGUGAGCUCAAACUUAAAGAGUAUUCUGAAGUUUAGGUUGAAAAUGAAUUCAUGAUGGUCAAGUUAGUGUUUGAUGUGUAGAAUAAAUAUUCCUUCCUACUGGAAAUUGUUUUGUAAUAUCUGGAGACAUUUAAAAGAUGUGGAAGCAAGAUCCACAGAUGAGAGGAGAGCAGGUGGUCUCCAGGGUCAUGGACACUUUGAACCACUCUGGGGAAACAGGAUGGAUAUAAAGCUUUGUGUGGACUGUGACUCAGACGGUGUCAGAGCAGCUUAAACAUCAGUGAACAGCAGCUUCACCAGGAAUACGUCCUGAUGCCACAGUGUUGGAAAAGAAGGAGAGCUUUUACUUUAAACUGUACAUAAAGGCAUGCAGAUCAGUCAAACUGGGGUUGUGUUCAUUGUUCCUGAGGUUCAUGUUAACAUACAGGGAAGGAUCAAGGGUGGAUGAUCAUAAUACACCAGAGAAACUCACAAGACUGUUACCUGUUCAAUAUACUGCAGAUACAAGUCAGCAGACGUCCUGACAGAGAGCCAACAAACACAAUCAUUCUGUAAAUAAGGAACGAAGCAGUAGAUCAGCCUGCAAAGCAAGCUCCACAAAGCUGCCCCUCUAAUCAGCUUCAGACACACAGAAACACAAAGGAUGAUGAAGCAGAAACGAUGCAAAAGCAGUGGGUGGAGGAAAAGGAAGGAUGACGGUGUUACAGGACAGAGGAAAGCAGGAGAGAUGAGUCAUCGGCACUUUGGACGCUCUGGUUUAAACAGCAGGAAACUGACAGCUGUGAGGAAACAUCGUCUUUUUCUCAGUGACGCUGGUCCACACUCCACGCCAGCAGAUGGCGCUAAUGCACCACUUCCAUGUUUUCCAGCCACCGGGACAGCUUCCCUGUGACACGAGGCGGAAGUGAAGAGGAAACGCUGCCAGUAUUGUUCGCUUUCCUCCGGGAGCUUCAGCAGGAAGUCGGAGCUGUGGUGGUCUCUCCGCCGGAUCUGUGAGCUGUCGGAGCCGCGAUGUCGUCAGUUCGGUACCUGAGAGAGUUUAUCAACGAGCGACUAACUGCUGCCGCCGAGGAAAUCUUCCUGGAGUUUGAAAAAACCAUCGUCCAGUACGAGGAAGUGAUCGACCGGCAGCAGAGGCUGCUGAGCAUCACCUGGAAACCCGAAACACAGCUGCACAAGACAGACGUCCCACAGCAGCCUGUCUGUAAGGAGGAGGAGGUUCUCCCUGAGCAGCAGGAGAGGAGCUCCAGUCUGGACCAGGAGGAACCAGAACCUCCGCAGAUUAAAGAGGAACCCGAGGAACUGUGCAGCAGUCAGGAGGGAGAGCCGCUGGUGCUGAAGGAGGAGAUCGAUACUUUUAUGGUGACUGAAACUUAUGAGGAAAGCGAGCACAGCGACUCAGAGCCGGACAGCGAUCAGCUCCUCUCUCACAGCUCUGCCGAGAGAACCGAGAUCCGAGACCAGGAAGGAGUCCAGAGCGCAGAUCCAGGAGCGUCUAGAAGUCACAGCAGCAACGCAGGAGACUCUCCGGUAUCAGAGAGUCCGUGUAACGCCACUGCAGGGGAAAAGUCUUUAACGUGCGGCUUUUGUGGGAAAGCCUUCAAGAACAAGUACAAGAUGAUUGAUCACCACAGAGUCCACACGGGUGAGAAGCCGUAUUCUUGUGAAACGUGUGGGAGGAGUUUCACUCAGAGGGGAACGCUGACCGUCCACAUGAGGACUCACACAGGCGAGAAGCCGUAUUCCUGCAAAAUAUGUGGGAAAGGUUGCACGGUGAGGAGUAAUCUGAUGGUCCACAUGAGAACGCACACAGGUGAGAUGCCUUACCUGUGUAAUACCUGCGGGGACAGGUUUUCAGACUUGUCGACAUACAAAAGACACACGACCGUCCACACGGGAGAGACGCCGUAUUCCUGCGAAACGUGUGGAAAGGCUUUUAACCGAGGCAGCAAUCUGCUGCGCCACAUGAGAACUCACACAGACGAGAGGCCUUAUUCUUGUCAAACGUGCGGGAAAAUGUUCACACGCAGUAAUCAUUUGUUGCGCCACAUGAAAAUUCACACGGGGGAGGAGUCCCAGUAGUGGUACUGUUAGUGGUGCUGGUCACAGCUACUUUAAAGCUGUCCUUAUACACAAAAAGGAAAGAGACGAAUGUAAUCCUGUCACACCAGGAUGCUCCAAGUAUUAUUCCUACAGUGUGUAAGAAUGAAAACGUCCAGUUCGAACAGAUAUUCAGGAGUGACUGCAGCCUCCGAGUGACAGGUGGGAACCUGAAAGUGGGAAUUCAGGAUGCACAAACCCAACUAGUCAAUAGUUUUUUAUGGGAUAUCCAUCAUUUGGAUGUUGUGUGUGCUGCAGGCUGCUCUCAUAUUAUUCUCUAUGACAUCCUCACAAAGACCAAAGUCUGUGUUUGUAUGUGUGAAACAGGAAUAACACGUCCCAAGUCUGCGAGUCCGUCAGGGUCCGCUCGAGUCCCAGUGACUUAACCGGUCGCAGCAGAUGGCCCCGCCCCUCCCUGAGCCUGGUUCUGCUGGAGGUUUCUUCCUGUUAAAAGGGAGUUUUUCCUUCCCACUGUCGCCAAAGUGCUGCUCACAGGGGUCAUAUGAUUGUUGGGUUUUUCUCUGUGUGUGUUAUUGUAGGGUCUACAGUAUAAAGCGCUCUGAGGCGACUGUUGUUGUGAUUUGGUGUUGUAUAAAUAAAACUGAAUGAAAUCGUCGGGCACUUUUCACGAGUUACUGUGGGGACAUCCACGUCCCUGCUGGGUUUUUGAGAUUAAUCCCAGGCAGUUUCCAACCCAGAGAAAGCUCUCCAGGAUGGGGAGCAGCAAAAACGCAUCAUCAAUGUCUCAAUAAGUAACAAAGUCGUCAGAUUAAAUAUAAAAGAUAACAUUUAUGUAGCCAGAACAAACCUUUGUUCUAAACCACAGAGCUCAGCUCACACAAUGUUUCCCACAGUGAGAGGUCACAUGAUCAGGCAUCGAAGCCUUCAGGGGCGGUUUGGUGUGAUUUUAAGUGUAAAUGAAUUAUAACCUGAUAUGUGGAGAAACAAACUGUAGGAGCUUUUUGUUUUUUAAUAGAUAGAAAAAGUUUUAAAUAUAUGUUUGUUUGGGCUGUUUGAUUGUUAGAGGGACGGAUAUUUAAUCUCUUUGAGCUCAUUUUUGUUCGUUUACACAAGUUUAUUGUUAGAUUUUCAGAAUCCACCCAACAACAGAAGAAGCAGUGUUAGAGGUGGUGGCAAAAGCUGAAGGCAAAACAUUCAUAUUAAAACAACUCAUGAUCAUUGUGACAGUAAUAAAGUGUAAAGUCUGGAGGUGGUGACUGUGUGCUUCAGACUCCCAGCCAGGACCCGGCUCCCGCCGCGGGACCUGGCUCCAGGUCCCGCGGCCUGAGGGGCCGACGCGAGGCCCAGCCUGCUCCGUGGGAACCUGUCAGAGCCGAGGAAAGCGGAGUUUGGUUCAUCUUUCCUCCAGCUUUAAUUCGUAAGCUCACAGGUGUGGAUGAAAGCAGUGACUGUGACUUACUGCAUUUAUAGCUGUUGAAUACAGUCAUUGAUUUUAUUGACUGUUGUUUAUCUCAUGCAUGCAUCAAAUAAAGUAUUUAAUCUGUAAAACCGUCCUCUGUUUGACUUCUUUAAACUGCCAGUAGCUCGUCCUCAGUCAUGGACAAAUGCAGAUCUGUGUCAGCUCCUUAUUGGAAGCUUCUAAGCAGUUUUCUCUGAACACACAUGAACAUGGACUUGGCAGUAAAAGUUGACACAGCCUGAAACCUGUGCAGGACCAAAGCUGUGUGCCAGUGAGAUCAGAGCUGCUGUCAGCCACAGAGGUGUAUUUGGGGCUCGGCCUGUAGGGGGUGCUGGUGGUGACUCUUGUACCGUCGUGUGUAGUCACACCAGUAUAAUGUGACGGCCAACCUGGGCUUCUGUACUGGGUUGCCAUGGCAGCUCUCACCAAGAUGAAAUGAACAAAUAAACUGCACACACACGUUUUACUGCCCAGGCUGCAGCAGUGGCCUUUGACCUUUAGCUGCUCACGGUCCGUCCUUCACCUUUAAAGGCUCCCACAGACUCUGUGUCAGGAUCCACACAUGCAGCAAGCUCAUCAUCGUCUCAGAAUACCAUCACCACGGAGGAAUCCACACAGGUGAGACGCUGUGUCGUCCUGUAACACGAGGGAAACGUUUCAGACAAAAUACGGAUUCAAGAACUGCCUGGAAACAUGUUUCAGUCUAAAAGCAGCUUCAGACUAAUAAAGACCAGAGUGAGAAGUUUGAUUCAGUCAUGUGUUGUAUAAAUGCUAUUUGUUUGUUAGUGUUUUUAUCUGCUUUUAUGUUUGGUUUGUGGUUGAUGUGGAUUUGCUGCUCAUGUGAAUCCUCCCACAGUGUUUCAUUAGCAGCUGUAACCACAGUGACUCUGAUAAAACAGGAAUUAGCAGAAUCCAUCUGAUAUGAAGCUGUGCUUUGAAUACCACUUCCCUCCUCUUUGAAGAGUAGUCAGAUAUCUGUGUUCAGGUUUUUGUAC